CAUAAAUAUAGUAAUAAGAAAAAUACAUAAAUAUCGCUCUCUCUCCUCUCUCUUUCUGUGUCUCUAAUUUUUUCUUGUCGAAGCACCAAAAUUCCCGCUCCUCUGUUCCUCGAAGAAGCCAUGGAAACAGAGGAGAAGAAAUCUCAACCUCAAAUUGAUUCACAGAAACUAGAAUCAGAACCCGAAUCAGAACCCGAAUCAGAAGCAGCGGAAUUGAGAAGGUUCAAAUCAAUCCUGAAAUGGAUUUGCAUAACGGAUCACUCGAAUCCGUAUCGCGCUUCGCUUUCCUGCAUCGUCUUCUUCGUGUUUGCAAUCGCCGUCCCUGUCGCAUCGCACUUUGCUCUUUCUUGCUCUGAUUGCGAUGAAGAUCACCAAAGGCCUUUCCAUGUCGUCGUUCAGCUCUCUCUCUCCGCCGUUGCUACGCUCUCUUUUCUCUGUCUCUCUCUCUGGCUUCGUUUCUUCGGAUUGAAUCGAUUUCUCUUUCUCGAUAAGCUCUCUGAAGCAAGUCCUAGGGUUCGGGCUGAGUAUUUCAGGCAAUUACAGAGAUCAAUGGUGCUGAUGUCCUUCUUCCUAUUGCCAUGCUUCAUGGCAGAAGCAGGUUACAAAAUCUGGUGGUACAUUUCAGCAGCUAAGGAAAUCCCAUAUUACACUAAUAACAUAUACAUCAGCUACAUUAUUUCUUGCACAUUGGAGCUCUGUUCAUGGCUUUACAGAACUUCCAUCUUCUUCUUUGUUUGCAUUCUCUUCCGCCUCAUCUGCCACCUCCAAAUGAUCAGACUCGAAGAUUUCGCUUCUAUCUUUCAUCGGGAAGCCGAGGUCGGCACCAUCUUGAUGCAGCAUUUGGUCCUUAGAAGAACCUUCACCAUCAUUAGCCAUCGCUUCAGAGCCUUCAUAUUGCUGUCUUUGAUUUUGGUCACUGCUAGUCAGUUUAUCUCUUUAUUGAUGACUACAAGAUCAAAAGCUCAUGUUAACCUCUCCAAGGCUGGACAACUUGCGCUAUGCUCCAUAAGCCUGGUGACAGGCUUGUUCAUAUGCCUCCGCAGUGCUGCAAAGAUCACCCACAAAGCACAGUCCAUUACAUGCCUUGCUGCAAAAUGGCACGUUUCCGCCGUCAUAAACACCUUCGACGACCUGGACAGUGAGACGCCCCCAACAGCAUCUCUGAUUUCGAACAUUGUUGAAUCCAACUCUGAUGAGGAAAGCGACGAGGACGACUUGGAUGAUGCCAAACUGAUGCCAGUUUUUGCCCACACAAUCUCAUUCCAGAAGAGGCAGGCACUUGUGACAUAUUUGAGGAAUAACAAAGCAGGAAUUACAGUGUAUGGAUUCGAGGUGGACAGAACAUGGCUGAAAUCCAUUUUUGCUAUUGAACUUGCACUUUUCUUGUGGCUGCUCAACAAGACUGUUGGUGUUUCUUGAAGCUCUUGCCUUUUUUCUUUUUAGAUGGAUUUUGUAGAGGAAAAUUGUGAUAUUUCUUAAAUUGUAGUGUUCUGUAUUCAUAUUGAGCAAUAUAAAUGUAUUAGAAACAAACAAUUUAUCUUUAGAAUAAUGUAAUAUAAGUCUAAUAUAUAGAGUUCAGUUCAUGA